AUGGAGCCUCAGACGUCGAUUCUCUUGCGCCUGCCCAGGGAGAUCCUCGAGAACAUCGGCUGUGAGGUUGCCGUGGCCGCACCUCUCGGACGAGUGUCCAAUCCAUUGCUCUUUACCUGCCGCUUCCUCUACGAGACGUUCAGCAUAGACAGCCCGCAGUCCAGCACGCUGUAUGCGCGCAUCUUCCGAGCAAAGUUCGACGCGAGUGCCAUUGCUCGCCGCUAUGGUCCCCGCGCUCUCCGUUCCUCCAACCUCGCCUGGCAAUUGCGCGAAUAUUGCGAGACCCUUGACUUUUUCGAGCGACAUCGCAAUAUCUACGCCCAUGAUCUCCACCGGCACUUCAUGAACGCUUUCCUUAUGAUGGUGGAGAGCGACGGGAAGAACUGGGUGCAGCUGGAGCGUGUUGGCUUGGCGGGGUUUGUGGAUGACUUUGUUCGCAAUCGCCUGUGGUCUACGGCGGAUGCGCUGAAUGCUGGCUGGCCGGAAGAAACGACGCUGAACUCACUCGCUCUUUGGCUUGUCUGGUUCACUACCACCAAGGAACGGCUUCUGGCGGAGAGCGAACAGGACAGAGCUAACAUGAUAGCUAUGGUCAUGCCGUAUGUUGAGCUAGCGUUUCGUUACCCCGCUUUCCAUGCUCCCGACAACCACUAUUACUUCCCUUUGCCAGAAGAGUACCAUAACAACUUCCCGGCAUCCGUCCGGACUGCUCAUGGACGAUGGCCUCUGUAUCGUAAUGCCUCAGCCAUCAAGAACGUCGUCAGACAUUUCGGCAGAGAGUUCACUGUCUCUACACCUCUUAUCUCGCAGGCUGCGAAACUUAUCUAUUUCUCGCGCCGCGAAGUUCGACCUAUCAUGAUCCCCCAGCACUUACCCGUGAAUCGAGACCAUGCACUCGCGCUAGGACACUUGUUUGGGCCCACGCAGGAAGAUGUCAGGGAGUUCAAUGCGUACCCGCAGGCGAAGCUGCUCCCUGUUCAACGUUGGGAUUGGGAAGACGAUCUCUCAGAAGAACAACUUGAGCUUGAUCGUCGCGGCGUAUGGAACAGGGAUCUGAAAACCCUGAGUGCUAGAUGGGACAACGAUUGGGUGAGGUGGACGCAUUGCUAUGAUCUCUUGAGGGAGCCCGAGUUCAAGGGAGUGGUGUACACCUAUGGCAUGCUCACCGGUCUUUGGCAGGGCCGCCUUCUUGUUGCUAGUGAACCAACGUACAUGGCCCUGGUUACCACCGCGCAGCGCCCGCCAACGUUCCUCCAGAAUGAUCCAUUCAUCACUGGUCGUCCGAUAUACAUGCGGCUUCAUGAGCACCAUUGCAUUGAUCCUCAAGACCCUGUUCCUGUGGGUGGUGCCGAUGACGACUUCGACGACGGCAUUACGAAUGGAUGGUUUCCGCCAACCCGCCAAUACCGUGAGCACCACGGCAAGUUGACAUGGGUUACGGCGGAUAAUCGACAUUACACAUACGAGACAUUUGUCGAGGGUCGGUCCAAUUCCCACAACGAGGGUACCUGUCGCAUCUGCGUUCACCACGCUGCGAUCGAGGAAGAGGAAGGGAUUGAGCGCGCCCGUGCCGUCUCCGCUUCUCUCAACUCCAGUAGCGAUGGAACCGCCUCCCCUCCGCCGAACUCACCCCAUACACACGAGGACUUCGAAGAGGACUUCAUUGAAGCGGGUCUUGGUCGCGGAGAGGACGAUGACGACGAUGACUACGUUUAUAACGAGUGUUCCGGUAUUACUGAUAUUAUUUUCACCGGCAAUACCGAGGAUCGUCAUGGGAGAGCUUGGGACUACUAUCGUUACUAUGGUCGUAUCCGAGCGUGGGAUGGUCUGAUUGCUCUCGUCAGAGUGCGGGUCGAUCCAGAGGGCCACGACGAUCCCCGAGAGGGCAAGCUCAUCAUCCGUGGCUAUGUGGUUGCCGGGCAGAAUUUCGUCGGAACGUGGCGCUCCUGGGCCCCUGACGUGAACUCGUUCCCUCUUGAAGGUCCCAUUGUCCUCUCUAAGCGGAGCCUCACACGGAUACUGCAUUCUCAUACUCUUCUCGGUUUCGUUCGCGCCAUCAGGAUCAAUACCACGAAGUUUCUCAAAGACGGGGAUGAAAUGGACGAACAUGCCAGGAGGAUACUCGCGGGGCGUGUCUUCGAUCCAUACACACUAGGGUUCCACAAGAAUCAGAUUAUCACGGUAUCAGAAGACUCAGGAUUAAUCGUUGACGUUCGUCCAUUCAAGGAGCAUCAAUGGGAGGCACAUCUGUCUCAUGACACCAGCGUAAUCGAUCUGAGGGGUCAGACGGUGCUCCCCGGGUUUGUGGAUACCCACGUACAUUGUAAGAAUCCUACUAUCAGUCUAGCGCUCGGACGAGUAUCGAAGUGGACUUACUUCCAUUGCGCAGUCUUCCUGCAUCCGUAUGCCGAGACCAGCUGGGACGAUCAGCUAACCAAGGAGAGCCUCGCUGAGCGUACGGUUCGGGCGACCCAGCAUGCUAGAAGAACACUUCUCGCCGGGUACACGGCCGUAAGAGAUCUAGGAACGGAGGGCGCCCAAGACGCUGACCUCGGUCUACGAAAGUGUAUCUCAGGGCCAAUUCCUCUUACUCCAGGACCCAGAUACUUCUGUGUCACCCGAGCCAUUGUACCGACCGGUGCUUACGGCCCAAAGGGCACUGUUUAUCCGAACAAAGAAGGGAUAGAUGGUAUAACUGGUGCAGAAGUUGCAGACGGGAAGGAUGAAUGUCGGAGAGCCGUCAGGCGCCAGAUUGGUGCCGGAGCCGAUCAAAUAAAGAUCUACGCAAGUAAGACAAUGAUAAACAACCUCGGAUUAGUGGCUUGUAGAGACUACCGUGUGCGCUCUCGGACUAUCCAAGUGUCCACGAAGCGCGGUGGGGCAUCAAUGAGCACAUUCACUCUAGAUGAGCUCAAGGAGCUGAUUUCGACUGCGUCGUUGUACGACGUCAAGGUCGCUGCGCACGCCACUGAGCGGGAGACAAUUCGUCGACUGCAGCGACUGGGCGUCCACUCCGUCGAGCACGGGUUCAAUAUCCUGGGCGACGACUGCUCGACAGACGAUGAGGCCCAGCUGGACGAAAUUAUGCGAGAUGUUUUGGGCAAGAAUGUUGACCUGCAGUGUACGGCGGAUCCGCACCAUUGGAUUCCCAUGAUAUGGACGCCGACGCUCUCGGUGAUCUACGUCCUACAACCAAAGACAUUCGAGCAGUCCGAUGCUGCCAGAGCCUUCAAAGCGGCACUCAGAGUAAAUUACGACCAUAUCUCCUGCGGCGGAGAUACCGGCGUGUUUCCGCACGGCGACAACUCCCUAGAGAUGAAACUUAUGGUCCGGUUAGGCGCGGACUGGAGAAAAGUCCUUUCCUGGGGUACACUCGGCGGCUGGAAGUGCUUGAGAAGUAUGGCUUGGGAAGGCCCUAAAGGUGAACAGAGGCUCAAGGCUGUAGAGGACGGUACCGAAGUUGCAGACCCGAGAGUCGUGGGCGACAAUGAAGUACCAUUCGGGGCCCUUAGGAAAGGUUGGGCUGCAGAUAUCAUCGCCACUUCCGGGAGCUUGGAGGAGAAUUUCGAAGACGCAGUGUCGAAAGACCGAAUAACCUUCGUCAUGAAAGGAGGCCGAGUCUUUAAGGAAAGGGGAAUGGAAGUAUCCUGGCCGUGA